AUGGCAACUCUUCAACGAUAUUGCCUAGUAACCGUAGGCGCAACCGUCGGCUUCAAGCAGCUGACCGAACAAGUGCUGCUACCCGCUUUCUGGCAGUUCCUGACCUCAGAGGGCUUUACUUCACUACGCAUCCAAUGUGGUCCAGACAUUUCUUGGGCAACGGCCCUAUUGGAUAAUCGCAAUGCUGAUAUACCAGAGGGACUGACAGUAAACGUUUUUGAAGCUACGAAAAAUCUAAUGAAAGAUGAAAUGUUGCUGUGUAGAGCUGAGAGCGGAGUACGCUCCACUGGCUUGGUUAUUUCUCAUGCAGGAACCGGAACAAUUCUCGAUGCCUGGAAAGUCGGUCUCCCAGUAAUUGUCGUGCCAAACGAAGAGCUGCUGGACAAUCACCAGGCCGAGAUGGCCACGCACCUCGCAAGCGAAGGAUACGCAACCAUGAGCACAGCCAGGUACACGGACCUCCAAGGCGCAAUCCAUAAGGCGGAUCUACUUUGGGAGGAAAACCAGUCUCGAUUGCCACCCCACUCAGUCAAGUCUCAGAAGAAUGCCAGCAGUCUUCGCCUCUGGGAGAUUCACCCUCAAGAGGUCGACAAGGAGGAGGACGCAAGAAUGGUCAAUGACUAGGUUCUCGCCACUUGCAGCUACCUCUCUGUAUUGACAGACUAGCAAUCGAGUUUCGGAACGUGGGGUAUCAUCUUCUUUUUGGGGAAUUUCUGAAGCAUGGAGUUUUAUCUUUUUUGGAAGUUGAUUAGAUCAACUGCGAGCUGGCUUUUUCCUCAUAUAUUUCAGACUAGAUAACGACUGGGAAUCUUAAUGGGAUGUCAUAACAGGCUAGGAGACAAGAAUUCCAUUUACAAUUUUCAAGGCAGAUUGUUGGCUUCCCAAAUCUUGACAGUCGCAUCUUUUCCGGAGCUUGCUACCCGGCCACCCGCGAUCCAAGUGAUGCCCGUGACGCCGUCCAAAUGAGCAUUGGGUGCCUUGAUACGUUGGCCUUGGAGCUUCUUCUCCAGGCACCAGAUAAAGAUGUGGGAAUCCAAGCUGCCACUUGCGGCAUAUGAUCCGGAAUCGUCCCAGGAGAUGCAGGUGACUCGCGCAGUGUGUGCCGACCAGCGGUCCGUUACGAGUUCCCAUGAUCCGACCUUGAAGACCAAGAUCUUUCCCACGCUUGUUCCCGUAGCCAGGUGGCUACCGUCUUUGGAGAACGCUAGGGCAGUGAUGGUGCCGAGGGGACUUGACACUGACUCCUUGUACUCGAGGAUGCCGCUUGAGUCGCCGGUGUAGAUUCUCGCGGUGCUUCCCUGACCUCCAAUGGCAACAUAGGAUCCAUGAGCCGCAAUAGCCUCUGGCGUAAAGUCAAGAGGAGUCUCCUUGAGCAGCUUACCGUUUGAAUAAGCUGCGACGCCGGCCAAGGUGGCCACGUAGACGACAUCACCAGCGAAAGCAGCACCUUUUGGCUGGCCAGGCAGCUUCGCUGACUCUCCCAGGAAGGUCUUGGCAGACUCGUCAAUCGCCUUGAUAGUGUCGUCCCAUCCCACGCUGUAUACUUUGCCUGCGUUUACGGCAAACUGGGUGACCUGGUUUGUAUGAGAUUGGCCAUCCACGACAGUUGCGACCCCAGUCUCAAGGUCCCAGGAGCAGACACGACCGUCAAAGCUGCCAGUCAGAGCACCCUGGCCAUCUGAAGUUCCGACCAAGGCCGUGAUUCCCUUGUCGUGGCCCUGCACAAUUCUGACGGGUUCAUUCUUGCCCUCUUGCAAGUAUGUCAGCUCGCCAGCCAAGUUGAUGCUAAUGAUGAGACCAUCUGUUCUGCCGUGAGGGAUGACGACGCCGACCUGGUGGUCACGCACGCUAACUCCCUCACCAAACUUCCAGGUCUGAAGGACGCUGCCAGAAUCUACGUCCCACAGCUUGACGGACUGAUCCGCGCUGGCCGUUGCAAACUUCUUUCCGUCCUGGGCCCACGAGACACCAAAGAUGCUACCAGUGUGCUCUCCCUCGCCGAUUUGUUUGAUAGGCUCGCCAGAAACGCCAUCGUACAGCUGUAUCCGUCUAUCCUGUCCAAUAGUGACGAAUGUAGAUCCAUCGGGAGAGUAGACGGCGCCCAAGACAAAGCCAGUGUGCAGGUUCGUCACUCUCUUGAAUUCGAACGGGACUCCGUGGUAGAAGUUGACGUUUCCGUCAUCGCCGACCGUGACGGCACGCAGGGGACGCUUUGGUGUGAUGCUGACGGCGUUGAUUGAUUUGGUAUGGCCAAUAAUCUCUCCCACCGAGUUGCCGCUGUCGGCCAUGAUGGCCUUGCCAAACUUCUGUCGGCCGUUGCCCACGGCAAUGAUGCGCUGGGAAUCGCCAUCCCAAGCAAUAUCCAGCAAGGGGCCAGAGAUGAUGGGAUACUCACCCCGAGUAGUUUCAACAGACUCGGGCUCCCAUAUUCUCAAGAUACCGGCAGAGUCACCACUGGCAAUCUUGAAGCCGCUCGGCGCAAACCGAGCAAUGGUGGUGGGGUGGGUGUGGCCGGUGUAUUCCUUGCUGUUGGAGGGGUCGUCGAUGGAUCGAACAAAGAUGGAUUUGCCAGAGGCAUAGGCGAUCCUGGUGCCUUUGGCAUCGGCCGAGAGCAGCGUGGCCUGGCCUCGGGUGGUGACGGGCGCAGCGGCCAGGAUUCGCUCAAUCGUAAUGGACGCCAUGGUGAAAGGGACUAGCAGAACU